CAAGUAUAUAGAAAUAGCUACGCGUUGAGGAGAAGAAACAGCAGCAUCCCACUUGAAAGUCUAAAAUGCUUGUGUACCGCCAUUAGUCUACUACAACAGAAACAGAACCCAUAAGUCCACAGGUAGUUACUCUUUGUCUUCUUUGUCCUCUGUAAUUGUACAACACCCACAGACACAUUUGCGCCCAGAAAGGAAGUCUUUUGCUUAUUGUUUGCACUAGAAAAGGAAACUUUUCACAAAGAGAUGAAGGAGAAGAGUGAAAAUGGUGGCGGAUAUGUGAGAGCAGAUCAGAUAGAUCUGAAGAGCUUGGAUGAGCAGCUUCAGAGACAUCUAAGUAGAGCAUGGACUAUGGAGAAGAACAAGAAAGAUGGAGAAGAAGGAGAAGCAGCAGUGCAAAGACAGCUAAACGACACCGUAACAAGGCAAGAAUGGGAGAUUUGCCCAUCUAAGCUCAUCAUCAAAGGUGUUAUAGCUCGUGGCACCUUUGGCACCGUUCACCGUGGCAUUUAUGACGGCCAAGAUGUUGCUGUUAAACUUCUUGAUUGGGGGGAGGAGGGUCACAGUUCAGCAGCUGAAAUAGCUUCACUUAUAGCAGCUUUUACACAAGAAGUUGCUGUGUGGCACAAGCUCGAUCAUCCUAAUGUAACUAAGUUUAUCGGGGCGACAAUGGGAUCAUCAGAGUUGAACAUACAAACUGAGAAUGGUCAUAUCAACAUGCCAAGUAAUGUUUGUUGUGUUGUUGUUGAAUAUUGUCCUGGGGGUGCUUUGAAAUCUUACCUCAUAAAGAACAGGAGAAGGAAGCUGGCAUUUAAAGUGGUUAUUCAAUUGGCACUAGAUCUUGCACGAGGGUUGAGCUAUCUCCAUUCUAAGAAGAUUGUCCACAGAGAUGUUAAAACAGAAAAUAUGCUUCUGGACAAGACACGUACAGUGAAAAUAGCCGACUUUGGUGUUGCUCGGCUGGAAGCAUCAAAUCCUAAUGACAUGACUGGAGAGACUGGAACACUUGGAUACAUGGCACCUGAGGUUCUCAAUGGCAGCCCAUAUAAUCGAAAAUGUGAUGUCUAUAGUUUUGGAAUUUGCCUGUGGGAGAUAUACUGUUGUGACAUGCCAUAUCCAGACCUCAGUUUCUCAGAAGUGACAUCUGCUGUUGUCCGACAGAAUCUGAGGCCAGAAAUACCCCGUUGUUGUCCAAGCUCUCUCGCCAACGUAAUGAAACGAUGCUGGGAUGCAAAUCCUGACAAGCGGCCUGAGAUGGAGGAAGUUGUGUCCAUGUUAGCGGCAAUCAACACCUCCAAGGGUGGAGGUAUGAUCCCUGUUGAUGAAGCUCAAGGUUGUCUCUGUUUCCGCAGGCACCGAGGGCCGUAAAUGCUGUUUCCAGGAUUGUGGAGGCAGUGGGUUCUAAGGUUGGAAUUGGUAUCUUAUUCAUUCAAGGACACAUGGGGUUUAAAAGCCUGUGUUCAUAGUAAAGCUGCGGAGGCUAUAGGCUAAGAGGAGCCCUGCAGCGACUGUUUCUUUAUGGACAAAGCAUCCUGUAAAGCCCUUCCUUCUUAAUACCUUGUUCUUACUCUGUUUAUGCUCUUAUUUGACAGGCCAUGAAUAGGAUGAAGUGGGCCAACAGACAACCUUUUCUGUAGGAUGAGCCUUAAUAUUAAAUUAAUCUAAUCAUCAUAUUAAUGCUUACAAGUAGAGACAUGAACAGUUGAAUUGUGGGAAAACUCUUACUGAGAUGUGGUGCUGGCCAAUGUCUGCACCUUCUUGAGUAAGAACCUUUUUUUCUAAAGGUUUUGUUAAAUUUGGAUCAGUCUAAUUCAAUCUAAAAGCCAGUUGAAGAG